AUGGCGAACGCCGAUUUGGCCCUUCUUGGGACGUUCCAGAAACACAUUGAGGAUAUGCGAAACCUGUCUCUAUGUAAAAUUUGCAUAAAACCCUUCUACGAACCAUUCGUCCUCGCAUGCGGCCACACAUAUUGCUAUUCAUGUCUUGCUGGCUGGUUUGGUGGACCGCAAGCCAGAAAGAGAAAGAAAAAUUGUCCAGAUUGCCGGGUCGAAGUGACGGUCCAACCAUCUCCCAACUACCUCCUGCGAGAUCUCGUCCAUAUGUUCAUCAGCCGGGCCGAACUCCUCCCCGAAGAUGAGACUGUCCAAGAACAUCAGCAGGCAAAGGAAGACGAGGCGUCUGUUCUAGCUGCGGACCGCGCCGGAGGCGGUUUGUUCAAGGGUGCUUUCAAACGCCUCCGGCCAGGAUACGAUCACUGGAACCGGGGCUUUUACGACCCGGGAGAUAAUAUUCUUCGAUGUCCUGAUUGUCACUGGGAGUUGGAAGAUGGUGAAUGUCUUCAUUGUGGUUUUCGUGUAUAUCAACACGAUGAGAUUGGUACAGACGGAGAUUCUGGAGGAGAAUCACAAAGCUUACGUACACUCGAUUCUGAGUUUGAUGACGAUGAGGAUGAGAACGACGGCGACUUUGAGGCUGGCAUGGAGCCUGACCACUACCAUCAGUGGCAUACCGAAGACGACGCGUCUGCAGCAGAAACAACCGCCGCUGAUAAUGAUUACUACGAUGAGGACGACGGUAUGGACGGAUUCAUUGAACCCGAUGAGGACGAUAACGAAGACGAAGAUGCUAGUAGUAUAUCCACAACGGCCACUAUCAAUGGGGCUCGACCAGUUGUUAACAAUCGAAGACAUGGCUUUGGUACAGGAGCCCGAAGAGAGCGGUCUUCCAGAUUUUAUGGGGGAGAAGACGAUUAUGACGAUGAGGACCACGAGACCGAUACGCAUCCCACAACAGAUGAAGGACAUUCUCGUACUAAUAUGAAUUAUGACGAAGCUACAGAAGGCUCGGGCCAGGAGAACCACUAUCCACCUAUCCAAAGAAACAGGAGGUCACGCAUUCGAAUCGUCAUAAGCGAUGACGAUGACGAAGAAGGUCUACGAAAUGGUGAGGAAGAUUCACAAACGGAAGAAAUAACAACUGAGGAUUCUGAAGAUGGUGACGAAGAAGAGGAAUCGCCAGAAAAUUCCGAAGAUGGAUAUGGAGAAGAACAAUACGAGUCCGAAGACUCGGAUGUUCGGCCGCCACAGCCAUCAGCACGGCGUAGGCAGCAUCUGCAAAGCCAACGAGCUAGGCGGAGCAAUCACAGCUAUCAGCCACAUGUUCGGAGCCAUAGAGGCCAGCAGAGUCACCCUCCGGCCAGCGACGUGAGGCAGCAUCACCAUAUUCGUCACCGAAGUAACAUUUCUCAAUUGAGCGGUCUGGGUCGACUGGGGGUAUAUGAACGGCGACUACCGGGGAUUAGAAACUUCUGA